CAGUCCCCGUGCGGUGCAGUGCAGCCAAUACCUACUUUACCGACAAAUACCGUUAUUCAUGCCCACUGAGAGUACCGACUGUCCGACUGUACACCUACGGCACAAACAGUGGUAUAGGUACAGACUGUCCUGCCCUGCCCUGCCCUCCCCUGCCCUGCCCUGCCCUGCCCUAUCCUGUCCGGAACUGCCCUGCCCUGAUCUGACCUGACCCGCUGCUCGCCUGGCCUGUCCUGACCUGAUCUGACCUGCCAGCCAGCCUGCCAGCCCGCCCUUGAACCUGGCCUGUCUCCCACGGCUCCCGAACACGAACUAGGUGUUGGAUUAAACUCUGCGACCCUGCCUCGUCUCCCGGCGAGCAGCCCUGUCAACCUGCCUGUCUCCCACACACACCUCCAGGACUACUGUACCGCCCUCGACAAGGUUCCGAUACUUGGAUUAAGGCACACACGCCUGACACAGGCCCAACAGCCCAGCAGACGACUCGAAAUACACUUUGCAGAUUGACCGCAUCCUGGGAUCGACCGGGUCUGCAAUUGGCAGCACAGACUGGACGUCUCGCGACUGACUUCAGACGCGCUCAGCGGCUCUUCGACGGCCUUCUGCGACAUGGUAUGUGUAUUUUGAUUUUGGUUGAUACCAACGCGUCGUCGCCGUCGUUCGUCUUCUCGCACACGAGCACCAGCGCCGUACUAGUUGUGCUGCAUUCCCCCGACUCAGCGCCAUCACAUAACCCAUCCAUCCAUCCAUACAUCCAUCCAUCGAUCCACCCAUCCAUACAUCCAUCCACACUCUCUUGCUGCUGCUGCUGCUGCUGCUACGGCUACGGCUACGAAUCUUUGUUUUGCCUGGCUGUCGGUCGUACCUUCCACCAAAGCAAGAUUUGUGAGAGAGGGAGAGAGAGAAACGAGAUCCACCGCAUGCGCCCCUGCUCGAGACGGCCCAUUAACUGUCCACUACACACCUCAAACUGCACCACUGGCAGCCCAUCCUUGCGCGAAUGUCUGCCGUCGCACUCCCACCACCGCUACACGGCCACCGCGCGAGCAGCAUGCAGACUUACGACAUGCGACAGCCGUCGCUGCUGAAUCAAUCCAAUGCCGGCCAACAGGGUCUGCCUCCUCCACAACAGCCUCUGCAGCACCCGCGAUCGGCAGGACUAGUUCAACAACAACAACACCGUCCCAAUUCCCCUCACCAAUCGCACAAUACUCUCAACAAUCAGACGUCGCAAGGCCCCUACAUAUCACCGCACUCUUCGACACACAGCCUACCCCAGCAGCACCAGUCUCCAUAUAUCGGAUCGGUGCCGGGAAUCCCAUCGCAACACCCGGGUGAGGCACAGUUCUUUGGUGCCCAUCCCAGUCCUUACAGCACGAACAGUGCGGGUGGCAGUUACGCUUCGUCAGAGCCAAACGAAAGCAUGGCCACGCAAGCGGCGAUCAGUCGUCAAUCCUACCCGCCGAUCUCAAGCUACCAGACUCCGCAGUCCAACUCACCAGCGUCCAUCCAUUCACCACAGACUGACGCACAUGGUCGGCCGUUGUACGGCAUCGCCUCCAUGCCUCAGCAAAUGUACUACCCACAGUACCAGAUGCAGCAGCAGUCGCCCUAUGGCCAGCAUCCCGCCGCUGCUUCGCACCACUCCUCCAUGACUUCGGCGCCGGGCAUGCUGAUGUCACAUCAGCAGCCGCAACAGCAGAUGCAGCAGCCGCCGCAAGCGACGCCCGGCCACCCGCAGUCGAGCAUGCUCGAUCAAAAACCAUCACAAUCCUCCCUUCAACGUCCGCCUUCUGCACUUGCCCCGCCACAGGCAACUCCUCAGACUCCCUCAGGCCCAGGUAUGCACGGUCACCCGUCAUCUACCACUCCAAAUGGACCUAACUCGAGCGCAGCACCAGGACCCAUUCCCGCAACCACUCCACUGGUUGUGCGCCAAGACAACAAUGGCGUGCAGUGGAUCGCAUUCGAGUAUUCGCGCGAUCGCGUAAAGAUGGAAUACACCAUUCGCUGCGACGUCGAAUCGGUCAACGUGGACGAACUCAGCCCCGAAUUCAAGUCUGCGAAUUGCGUCUACCCUCGCGCGUGCUGCGGCAAAGACCAGUACAAGGGCAAUCGGUUGCACUACGAGAGCGAGUGCAAUGCGGUAGGGUGGGCGCUCGCGCAACUGAACCCCAAUUUGCGAGAAAAGCGCGGCCUGAUCCAGCGCGCCGUGGACAGCUGGAGAAACAGCAAUCAGGACGUGAGGUUACGGAGUCGCAGAGUGCGACGUAUGGCCAAAAUUCAAAAUAGAAACGCCGCAAAGGGACCGCCUGGUGUUGCUGGUCCCUAUGCGCAAGGCCCCGGCAGCGCUGGGCUACCUCCACCGGGGAUGGCUCCUGGCUCAGCUCGUCCACCGAACAUGGGUCCUGGUGGACCUCAUAUGCACCACCACCACACCGACGGCAACGAACCCGGCGGUGGGAACGACGUCAGCGCCGGAAAUGAUUAUAAUAGUGCAGCCGGGCAUCCUAACCCGUCGAGUAACGGACAGAGCGAUCUGGCAUCACCAACCACGGGCCGCUACGCUCAGAACUUCUAUCCCUCGUACCCUCAGCAGCCAGGAGUGGGAGGCUCGUCCAUGCCCUCCGUCCACGACACCAUGGAUCCCAUGCAUGGUCAAGUAUCAGCACUUGCUGCGCCCGCUCGUGGCGACGCGGACAGGAUGGAAGAAGACGAAGAGCACAAGCGCAAUCUCUUCGGCGAUGUGCCCGAAUCCAAGCGUCGCAAGUUCAUCCUCGUGGACGACAACCAACGCGGUACCCGUGUCCGAGUUCGCGUCAUGCUCGACCAAGUCAAGAUGGAUGAUAUGCCCGAUGCUCACCUCCGGAUCAAUGCGGUCUUCCCACGUUCCUACUUUCCUCGUCAGAUGAGGUCGCCGCCCGGUUCUCCCGGAGCACGCGGCAAUUGGGAUGAUGAAGACGACACGGUGGAUGAAGGACCCCAAGGCCGGACUCUCGUGCCAGUAUCUCUCAUGGAUGGGAGCGAAGCGAAGCUACCGGUACCACGCAUGACAAAGUCGAGGAGGAACAAGGAGGUUGCGUUGAACGAGUUGGGCUACCGCAUGAGCUGGGGCCAAGCGCGAACAUUCAAUGGUCGUACCCUCUUCUUGCAGAGGUCCCUCGAUGCCUAUCGUAACAAGAUGCGAAGCACCAUGAUUGCGGGCGGGAGCGAUACGACGACGAUCGCACCACAUUUCGAGACGCGACCAGGAAAGCGGAAGUGGCUCGAGCGCAACAAGCGCGCACGACGAGCUGGCUCCGCCGAAUAGAGACGGACUGUAUCCUCGGUCGCACGGAACCGUGCCGUUGAGAGUUGUGGCGAUGGGAAGUUUUGCGUGUGCAUUCCAGCACACGAUGAGAAUGAUUGUUGAUUGUAGCGACGGCGUUUUGGGACUACUAUCGGUUUUCGCGCGGCAGACACAGGGCGAGCGCAUCCGCCCUAUGUGUGUCUGCGAAUGGAAUACCCGACCCUACUACUAUGGGCGUAUGGGGCGGGGUUGUACAGAGCACACAAUAUCUGGCUCGACAUUCUCACAAUGUACAAAACCAAGGAGGGCCUGCGUGCUGGACUGUAUCUACCACUACUGUUCAAAGAGAUUGAUCCGGAAAGCACAGGCGUUUACGUGUUUGAACGUUGAACGUGCUCCCCCUCUACAUAUAGCACAAUGUUGUAAUGUUUUUUUACUUGUUCUCUACAAACC